GCUUAGAAAUUUAAUUAUUCUUAAAAUUUAGUUCAUAUGCUUUGCUGUUAUCGAUGAGAAGACAUUAAUCAACAGUGCAAUAGAUAUUUCAUUGAGAAAGCCUAAAAAUCCUUAAGAAAAGGAAACAAAAUCAAAACGAAUAAAAAUGGAAGUGAUAAAAUUUUGUAUAAAUAAUUCAUAAGUGGAGUCAGAACCAGUUCAGUAAUCAAAAUUCAAAAAAGUUUUUAUUUUAACUACAUUUUUAAGUGAAAGUUUGUUUAUAAAUUUAAAAAAUAAUUUCCUAUAUCCUGAAUGUUAAAAGAAAUCUUCGUAAAGAUCUAUGUACUUGUGAUCUUUGUGACGUUAAGCGAUAAACAAAUAUUUAAUAUAAAAAAAUAUUUAAGAACGUUACGUUCAGGUUCAUCGACGACGACAAAUUUCUUCUUUUUUCUAAUAAAAUCAUAAAACAGAAACAAAAAACUUCUUUUGUUUAAAAAAAAUUAAUUGCGCAACGAAUUUUAAUUCGGUCAGCACAUAGCAGCAGAAAUAGAUUCCUUCAACAUUCUUCAAAUUCAAAUUUCAUACAACAUAAAGUUGACAAUGUAUGUACAAAUGUAAUUACAUACAUCGGACGUAAAACUUCAAAUUUCAAAUAAAGUCUACCUCAAAGUUGCUGAUUAAGUGUUUAAAACGAACAUGAAAAACUAAAUUAAUUGCGAAUUCUUAUGAUAAUAAAAAAGAAGAAAAUUCUAGUGCGCGGUAAUGUGAAGUUUUCUUACUUAACUGACAAUUAUCGUAAGACGAAACGAGACGACUUUGAAAACCUUAAAAAUCUUUAAGUAACAUACUUAAAAAAGAGAAAAGAGUGAAACAAUGUGGAGUAUGAUAUCAAAUGAAAUUAAAAGUCAAAUCUUUUGCUAUAAAUCGGGAACAUUUGAGGAAAUUAAUCACGACACUUCAGAUACAGCUGAAGACAUUUGCAAGGAACUUUGUAUCCGAUUGAAGCUUCCACCACUUGUUCAACUUUUAUUUGGACUCAGAAUAAGUGGAAAAGGUUUAUGGCUUGCAGGAUGUCGCACACUAAAAGAAGGUGAAAAGUAUGAGUUUCGGAUUCGAUUCGAGGUUCCUAAGCUCUCAUUCCUACAUCAGUUAGAUAAGAACACCUUCGAUUACUUCUACCACCAAGUUCGUCAUGAUGUGCUUCAAGAUGUCAUACCUGAAAUUGCAUAUCCAAAUUUCAAAAACGAUAUUCUCGGCUUAUGUGUCAGCGAUAUGUACGUGGAAAUGAUUGAGAAGAAUCGAACGAUUGAUUAUUAUGAAAAGAAAUACAAGAAUUACAUCCCCAAAGAAAUUCGUAAAAGGCAUGUUGGUUUCAUUCAUAAACAAAUCGUCAAAUCACUAAAAUGGAUUAAAAACCAAGAGUGGAGUGCAUUUUAUGUGAAAAGCAUUUAUCUACAAGAAAUAAAUAAGAAAGCGCCAAAUUACCUGACUGAAAACUAUUUCGGAACAUCAGAAUGUCCUAUUGAGGAUGACCUUAAACAAGGAAUGUGUCGAGUUCAUCUUCAAAUCGCUCCUUAUCAUCCUGAUGAGCCUGGUCUGAGAAUUUAUUAUUCGUACAAAAAUUCGUGGAAGCACGUGUCAAAGUUUGUUGAUUUUUACACGAUACAAAUCGAUGAAACAAAGAAUCGUGUAAGUUUAGAGAUUCAAAAUUCACCUUUAGGCUUUCCCAUUACAAUGGCAUCAUCGGAAGAAACGGAAUCGUUUGUAAGCUGCAUAAGUGGAUAUUAUCGGUUAAUGGGGAAAUGGAAUUUGGAUUUAUGUUCAACUCUUGCGUCACCGUCAUUAAAAUUUCUCACCGAUCACAAGAUUCAUGGCCCAAUUGGUGGUGCUUAUUCGUAUAGUAAGAUUGAAGAGAAGAAUUCAUCGAUAGGAUCGUUCAUCAUUCGUCAAUGUGAGAAAGUUUUUGACACAUUCUACAUUGACAUUGUAACCAAAGAGAAUCAGCCUGAAACGUUCAAAAUUCAUUACAAACAAACAUCGAAAGGUGACAAAUGGCUGUUUAACGUGGGCGACAGUGGCGAAACACUCGAAUUUGAUGAUUUGAUUAAUCUCGCAAAAAGCAUUCCAACAAAUGGACAAUAUUUCCGUUUACCACCCACGCUUUAUGAUCGAUCGCCGUUACUUCUCUUAUGUCAAACGCCAGCACAACUUAUGGCAAAAGAGACGACAUUUUUAAGGAAUACAAAUCCACUUUUAUUAAGAGCAGCUGAUGAUCUUCUGUUAUACAAAUGGAAGGAACACAAUUAUGGUGAUGGAAUCUUUACACGAAUGAAAGCCGAUUGGAAGCAACCAAAUGGCAAGAAAAUCGAUGUAACACUUAAGAUUUUAAAACAAAGUGAAGUGAAACUUCGCUUAUCAGAAUUUGUGAAGCUCGCUGAUCUGUGGUCAAAGCUUGAUGUGUCGGAGAUUGUUAAAAUGCAUGGAAUUACUCUUCAUCAACCAAUUUCACUUGUUCUUGAAUCGAUUGCUUACGGACCAUUUGAUGAAUUAUUAAGAAGUCAAAAAUAUGGAAAAGACAUAAAACUUUUGGACUUGGUUGAAACUUCUUACUCAUUAGCUAAAGCUCUUCACUUCUUGCAAGAGCUUCAAAUUGUUCAUGGAAAAAUUCGAUGCUCGUCUCUUCAAGUCACAAAGUUCACGCCAAAUGAACAGCUUGUUGUGAAGCUCGGAGAUCCAGGAUUGCCAACAGAAUAUACAAUUAACGAUGUGCCAUGGAUAGCCAUAGAAGAUUACGAUAAUUUUUCAUUAUCAAGAAAGAAUCUGAAAGGUGAUAUUUGGGCUUAUGCAACGACAUUGUGGGAGAUCUUUUCACGUGGAGCUCAACUUAAUCUACCAAAUCCCGUGCAAUUCUUCUCAACUGGUAGCCGACCAUCAAAGCCCGACGAAUGUGCAAUUAUACCAAACAUUUACUCAUUAAUGAAGCAAGGAUGGGAAUGUGAUCCUGAUAAACGUUUUUCACCGCAAAAGAUUUUCUCUUGGUUAUUAGACGCCAAAACGAAACUUUCUCGAGAUUAUUCCGAACCAACAGCAACAACAACAUCAACAAAUGUUCGUCAAAAUGGUCGAUUGCCAAAUGGCAACAAUGCACACAGUCCAAAAUCGAGAACAACGACAAUGUCGGAUUAUUAUAGUGGCAGGAUGAUGUCUGGAGAUACUGAGCACACUUACAUUUUAACUCAUGGCACAACACAAGCGUACAUUGAAAAUUGCGGUUCAAGCAUCGCCAGCGCUCGGUCGAACGACGGUGGUUCAAGUCAAGUGUCGUUAAUUAAUGGAAAUUUAUCAGACGGUUCACAAUCAACGAUUCCAUGCUUAGGGGCAGCUUAUUCGGAAGAAUAUUACAGUGGAAUUGACAGUGUACUCGAAUUUGAUGGAACAAGACUGAUUUUUCAAGGAGAAAUUGGAAGAGGCAAUUACGGUUGCGUUUUUCGUGGAUCUAUGGAAACAUUUGAGGAUGAAAAACCUGUUGCUAUAAAAUGCUUCAAGCCAAUUGAAUCGAAUGACCAAUUCAAAGAAUUUCAAAGAGAAGCGAGUAUGAUGAAAACAUUGAGUCAUGAAAAUAUUGUAAAGAUUUACAAUUAUCGUGAGGAUCCUUUGUUAAUUAUUAUGGAAUAUAUGAAUUGUGGUUCAUUACUUCAGUACCUGUCAAUUAAUCGGCCUGACUUAAAAGUCGAAAAUCUUUUAAAUUUCGCUGCAAAUAUCGCAAAGGGAAUGAUUUAUCUGGAACAGAAGGAAAUUGUUCAUCGUGAUUUAGCAGCACGUAAUGUGCUUGUGGCCAAUGAGAAUUGUGUUAAAAUUGCUGACUUUGGUCUUGCACAAUUCACUGAUAGUAAAGGAUAUUACGUUUAUUCAACUAAUGCUCGCGCAUUACCGCUUAAAUGGUAUGCACCGGAGACAUUUGAACAAAAGUUCAGUCAUAAAAGUGAUGUUUGGUCAUAUGGUGUGACGCUUUUUGAGAUGUUUACGUUUGGUGAGUCGCCAAAUCUUGAUGGAAAUCCUGAUUUGAAUGCUGAUCAAAUCUUGGAACUUUUAAAUCGUGGAGUUCGUUUGGAAUGUCCACGAUUCUGUCCAUCAAAUGUUUACAAUGAAAUGAUGUACAAAUGUUGGAAUUUGAGUCCGAAACUAAGGCCGUCAUUUACAGAGCUUUUAAAGAAAGCAAAUGAUCUUAUGAUCUCCAAUGGUGAAGCUGUUUAAGAGUUAAGAAGUUUCAUAAAUAUAAAUAUCGGUAAUAUGUUUAUUUGUGCAUCAAAAUGCUUUAAAGAAGAAAAAAGAAACAUAAAAGAAAAGAUGUUUAGAAUAAGUAAAGGAAAGUUUUGUUCAAUGUGUCUUCAUAAAUUCAUUAAAAAUGGAGAAAAAUUUGAUAAGAAUUUAAAAUAAAACUGAGCUUUGUUAAUGUGAGUGUUAAACAAUAAAAAGUAAAUGAAACAUUUUGUUAUCUGUUCUCUUAAUCAAUGUUAAGUUAGAUAAUAAUCUAAUCUCUUGUAUUGUAAUUUACAAUAAGAAAACCCCUGAGAAAAUUUAUUUACUUUUAUUGCUUCUUUGGAAUUAUUCAACAAAGAACGUAAAGUUAUCAAGAAAAAAAAUUGAAAUAUUCGAGAAAGCUAAAAAGAAAAAUUGAGAAAUGUUGUCGUAUAUUUUAACUUUAUAAUCGAAGUAUGUAAAUGUUGAAAUAAAUAAAUAGAAAAACG